ACAGUGAAUAACAAAACUAGCUAUAAAGGGUAGAAAAUAAAUUAUUAAUCCAGCAGACACAAAGUGAAGGGCACUGAUUUUAUGUUUACUUUUAGCAUACACGACUACAGAAGUGCCUCAACUACAUGUAAGGUUUGAAGGCGAAAUGUUAUGCAAUCUUGCAUUCAAUACAGAAAAUACAUAAGAUUUGUUGACCAAUAUAAUGUACAUGUCCAUGAUCAUUUAAUACCAAAAGUCAAAUAUGUGAGUGUGCUUUGUACUUGGUCCCAUAAAGUUAUCAAGGAUGGUGACCAAAAGGUUUAGUGUGCUAUACUAUGUACUCGAAAUACUUUUGUGCCUGAAAUUUCUUUAACACUAACAAUACCUAACAGCAAGAAAGUGCUUUAAUUUCAUAAUGGUAGACAGUUUUACUAAUAGUACGUCUUAUUCGUUUAUAUAUUACAACGUUAUACGUUUCUACAGUUUUUUAGUUGUUAUAUUAACAAGUUGAUCUUUUGCUAUUCCCAUAUAACGUCUUGCUGCCAUGAUGUCGUUAUGGACGCUUUUCGGCUCAUUUCUUUUCAAGUUUAGCACCAUUUUAAAGCUUGCAGCAGCGUUUUAUGUCGCUGUACCAUUAGCCAUUAAGUAUGUGCCACAAAUCGUAGCAAAGGCGACGUUCUUGAACUUUAUUUGUCCCCCAUUGCGACUGUUAAACUUAACAAAACCAGAGCAAUGGGGCCUUUCAAAUGUUACUAACUCUUCCAUACAAAGUUCUGAUGGUAUAAACCUCGGCAUGUGGCAUAUCAAGCCUAAGUACACCAGCCAUUUGCAAAACGCUUCAAAAGUUAUAAUUUAUUGCCAUGGAAACGCAGGUCACCGAGGUUUUGGGCACCGUCGAUAUAUUCUUAAGCUUUUUCAGAGCCUUGGGUAUCAUGUGAUCGCAUUUGACUACAGAGGGUUUGGUGAUUCUGAAGGUAAACCAUCACAGAAUGGAGUCGUACAGGAUACACUGACUGUUUAUAAGUGGGUUGUAAAACACACACAGUCUGAGUGCAGGAUAUAUGUCUGGGGUCACUCACUAGGCACUUCAAUUGCUACACAUGCUAUUGCAGAAGUACAAUCAACCAUGGUGAAACAACCAGAAGGUCUAAUUCUAGAAGCACCAUUUACUUCAAUAAGCGAAGCUAUUUUCCGGUACCCACUGUCGAGAUACCUUUUGCAUUUAUACCCAACUGAGUUCAUACAUAAUCUAAUUUGUGCUGCUUUUAAACGGAACAGUAUUCAGUUUUCCACUGUACAAGUCCUGCCUUUAAUAAAAUGUAAAGUUCUAAUGCUUCAUGCCAUGGAUGACACUAAAGUAGAUUACAGCUUGGGUGAAAAACUUUUCAAUGAAAUGAAGGCAUGUGGUAUUUGCAAAUGUCCGUUUAUAAAGUUUUACUCGUUCGAAAAACUCCAUGGUUUUGGACACAACUACAUUCACAAGUAUCCAAAGCUCCCUGCACUGUUAACUGACUUUGAAGACAGCAAACCUGGCUCUGAGCAAGAGUUUUUAUCAGCUACUUUUUAAGCUUGCAUGCACUUUUAUACUUCCAUUGUGCUAAAUUUUAAGCAGUUGAUUUUAAUGUAUGAAAUGUAUUUCUUAGUUUAACUUGUUUACGAUGUGCUUUACUGUUUGUUUUAUUGUUUUCUCUGUAAUGCAAAACCUCAUAUUUACAUUAAUGACCAACUAUAACAGUAGCGUUAUGUGCAGAUACAUUUCAGUGUGCAAUAUAUUUAAUUAUUAAACUAACCAUUUUACUGACACAUUAUCAUUGACAAUUCAAAACAAUAUUCAAAUAUUGCUUGCAAACAACAGUAAACUUAGCUUGUAGGGCAGAAAUAUUAUAUUGCAUUGUACUUUAGUAUUGUUUCAACAUAUUAGUCAAAGGUACUUCUUAAAUUGAGGUCCUUUUGAGGACAUUUGUGUUUGAUGUGUAAAUGAAGAAGUGUUCUUUGUUAUUUUAUCUGAGACAUAACUUUGACUAUAUGACAUGACCCCGUUGUAUGGUUGAAUGUAACAUUACCGUAAAAGUGCUUGUGCAAUAAACCAACUGUACUUAAAA